GAGGAGAGGCAAGAAGCCUGAAAGAAAGGCAGAUAAAUCCUAUGUUUCCUUUGGAGGCGUCUUCCCUCUCUAUUUCUGCUGCCUGAGAUAAAGCUGGGUCCCAGCCCCGCUCUCCUGUUUGUCUUCACUCAGACAAGGAAUAGGAAGUGGCUUUUUGAAUCUACAUUUGGACCUUGUCCAGCUCUUCAUUGCUACGCAACAAAGGCGGCGUUGGUGGUCGACGGGACAGAUAAGCUGUGUCUCUGCUGUGUCUCUCCCCAGCAGCCAUUGAUAUGCCAUGGCCUUUCCCGGGACUGCGGCUAACAAUGUGACCCUGCUCAUCCCCCCACACAGCCCUGAUGACACUCAGAAGAAAUUCCCAAGAAAGAAUGAGGCACUAGGGGCCAUACAGAUCAUCGUCGCCUUAAUACACCUUGGCCUUGGGGGCAUCUUGUUCUUCUCCUCAAAAGAAUCUCUCCCUCUGUGCAUGGCUUCCUGGUAUCCGUUCUGGGGAGCAGCGCUUUUCAUCAUUUCUGGGUCCCUCUCAGCUGCAACUGCAACUGCAACGAAUAUCACAGAGGGUCUGGAGGCAGGCAGCAAUAUGUUGAAUGCCAUCAGCUUCCUUGCCUCAUUAGCUGGAGGAAUAAUGUUGGGAAUUGAUUUGAUUAAUAUUUGCAUUCUAAACAAGUACAAAGUUUCCAUCCCAAUUUUGGAUAAAAUCCACUUAGUCAGCUUCCUUCUCCCUCAUCGCUGUGAAGAAAGCCCCAUCCCUUGGGACUACUGUCAGAGCAUUGGUUCUUACAAGACGGGAAUCUUGGCCUUGAUGCUGAUCUUCUCUGUAAUCCAGAACAUCGUUUCUAAAGACGCUAUCUCCUCCGACUCGGAUAAGUCACAGGAUCAUGAGGCAGAGCAAGUGUUUCCUUUGCUGUCACCCCCACAACCACAGUUCAGCAACGGAACCAGUCCUCCAUGGCAGUAGUCUAUCAGCAGCAUCCAACAAACUCCAAGCAGCUUUCAUGGGUAAAAAGCAUAUAUGCGUGGUGCCUGAAUCUCUCCCUCAUCUUGCAGAUAAGACGCCCUUCUCUCUCUUACUGAGUCUGGUCCAGAGAUCACAUGUGUUUUUACGCAGAAGGGAAGAUGGGCAAUAAUGACUCACUAGCUUUAUCCAUCCUCUUGGAAAAGACCUCCUAAAUGACUCUUACGCCAGCUUCUUCAAUAAUGGGUUGAAAAGGUAUUGUGAGUUGGUUCUUUCAAUCUCACUUGACCUGAGUGUAUGGGAGUGGUGGGUGUACCUCUCAUCUCCCAAUGGAAUGGAUUUCACGGCAACUUUAGAAAUCCUGGAAGACAUUGUAACUGUGUUGAAAUGUCACAGGGUGAUGAGCUGUUUCCCAGACAGAGCAUGGAGAACAGAAGAGACCUAUUAAAGCAGCAGCAACCUCUAUUGAUGGUGGUUGGGUUUUUUUCUUUGCUCCCAAAUUUCACCCUGUUAGGCUGAAAUUUGCGAAGCCCCAGUUUGUUUUUAGGUGCACAUGGAGUUUAAAAGGGGAAGUAGCUCAGCUACAUCUGAGACUGUAUAGAGGGACAAAUACAUGACAUUCCCUACUUGUAAAAUAGUUCUUAUGCCACUCUUUUUUUUUUUGAAUGGUUCUCUUGCCAAAAUGGGUAGCAGUAGAAAGAUGAAAUUUCCUAGAAAAAUAGCCUUCAUUUAGGAGAAGGACCCUGGAGAGUUCUGGUGAAGAUCAGCUUGAAUUUGGCACUAAAGGCUGAGGGUAGGUAUCAGUUAAAUAAGACACCUGUAGGGAUUUUUACCCUUAAUUACCUAAAAGCCAGGCAAUUCAAUACUAAGGUUAAAUUUACAAGAAACCCAACAUUAGAAAAUGUGGAAAGUAACUAUUAAAAAACCCAAACUACCUUAAGUCUGGCUUCCCUCAGGGACAGUUUGUGGAGCCUUUAUUUUAGUGAGUAGAACUGGGUGAGUAAUUGACUUUUUUUGAUUUGGUGGCUGACCAAAAAAAUCUGACAAGAUUUUUGUUCUCGGGUUAACCCAAAAUGACAAUCUUUUUUUUUUUUCCCAGCAAGAAACCAAAGCCGCCACCACCACCACCACCAAAAACUUUGUUUUCGGUCAAAUUAAAUGUUUAUUCAAUCCAAAUUGUUUUAUUUUGGGGUCUCUUACCCUUAAGUUGUGGUUUUUUUUAAGUUAAAUCUAGCUGAAUUUCUAAAUAAAAUGACACAUUUCAACUUUGAAACAUUUCCCCGUGUCAAAAGCUUUGCUAAAGUUAAGGAAUAACAUGUCCACUGCUUUCCCCUCAUCCACAGAGCCAGUUAUCUCUUCAUAGAAGGCAAUUAGAUUAGUCAGGCAUGACUUGCCCUUGGUGAAUCCAUGCUAACUGUUUCUGAUCACUUUCUUCCCCUCUAAGUGGUUCAGAAUUGAUUCCUUGAGGACCUGCUCCAUGAUUUUUUCCAGGGACUGAGGUGAGGCUGACUGGUCUUUAGUUCCCUGGAUCCUCCUUCUUCCCUUUCUUAAAGAUGGGCACCAGAUUAGCCUUUCCAGUCACCUGGGACCUCCCCCGAUGGCCAUGAGUUUUCAAAGAUAAUGGCCAUUGGCUCUGCAAUCACAUCCACCAAUUCCUUUAGCACCCUGGGAUGCAAUGCAUCCGGCCCCAUGGAUUUGUGCUUGUCCAGCUUUUCUAAAUAGUCCCAAACCACUUCUUUCUCCACAGAGGUCUGGUCACCCCUCCCCCCCCCAUGCUGUGCUGCCCAGCGCAGCAGUCUGGGAGCUGACCUUGUUUGUGAAGACAGAGGCAAAAAAAGCAUUGAGUACAUUGCUUUUUCCACAUCCUCCGUCACUAGGUUGCCUCCCUCAUUCAGUAAGGAGCCCGAACUUUCCUUGACUUUCUUCUUGUUGCUAACAUCUGAAGAAACCCUUCUUGUUACUCUUAACAUCUCUUGCUAGCUGCAAGUCCAGGUGUGAUUUGGCCUUCCUGAUUUCACUCCUGCAUCCCCGAACAAUAUUUUUAUACUCUUCCCUAUUGAAGUAGUCUUAUUGGUUCCAGUGGAACAACUCGCCACUUGUGUAAGGGAGCCACAAUCUUGAUCUGAGAAAGCCAGAUCUUUAAUCAUCCCUUCCUUGUUCCCUUUGUGCAUUCUUUUUCAAAGGAACCCAAGGGAUUUAAGCACCCACCGCCAUCAGCUCAUAUGAAAACCCCAGCCUUCAUAUCCAGGUUAAAAGGCAUGCUUUUGUAUCAGGGACUCAAAGCCUGCAGCUUUGCUUAUUGCUUAAAAUGUGUACAGCUUCUGUAGUUGUAGACUGCCCAGCUGCAAGGGGAGAAAUGUACUCCACAAAUAAUUGGUUUAGAACUGGUUUCAUGUUUCUAAUAUUAACACACUAGCUCUGUGUCUAAUGAUGCUGGCUGGCACAUGGAAUCACAGCACCCAGACCUGUGAGCUGCUGGGCACUUUGAAGGAUUGGGCCUUUAAUGACAUGUAGGGAUUGAUCACGAUCAGCAUGUUAUUUGUCUAAUACAAAACUGGGAAAGCAGUGGGGUUUUUUUCUGUGGCAUGUGAAUGGCCUUUAAGAAAGCUAGAAUCAGCAUCACAACUGUGAGAUUAAAAGUACAGGAAAGCAUUCUGUCCAUCAUAGGCGCUGACUUUCUAAUGUGCCAGGGGAUGCUUAACCCCUGGCUCUGUGCCAGACCCUGCCCCCACUCCCCUCCUUCCCCAAGGCCCUGCCUCUUCCUGCCCCAUUCAACCCCUUCCCCAAGUGCACUACACACUCACUCCUCCCUUCUGCUGCCCCCAGCACCUCCUGCAUGCUGCAAAACAGCUGAUCACGGUGGGCGGAAUGUGCUGGGAGAGAAUGGGAGGCGC